AUGCGUGCCACUACCUCCAUCAUCUUCAUCGCUGGCCUCAUCAGCACCGCCUUCGCUGCCGACACCAUCCAGUUCUCUGACGAUGCUUGCAAGGACCAAAUCGCCAAGGAUGGCUUCGGUGGCCUCUCCACCGGCGACAUCCCCAUCCUCGACAAUGCCAAGUCGAUCAAGGUUGACUCCUUCUCCGACGUCUGGUUCGCCUACCAGGACAGCGAUGGUGACAACUGCAAGGGAGACCUCCUCACCCGUCUGGACAACGACGAGUGCAUCAAGACCACUGACCUUGGAAUUGGCUGCACCCGCCUGUGCGGUGGAGGACUCGGCGGUGGCGACUGCGCCUCGACCACUGCCUAA